AUGACUCACCCCUACUGCUCCAAUGAUUUCAAUGCUUGGUUUGACCUCAAUUCUCCAUUCCUUUUCUCCUCUUCUUCGUCACCAUGCUCCAACCCUCCAUUCUAUCUUCCCUCUACUUAUGAUAACUUCACCACUGCCAUCUCUUUUACUCAUCAUCAAUCUUCUCCCCCCAAAGAAGCACUUCCUCUCCUUAACCUAAGCCCUGCAAGAGGUGAAGAUCUUGAAUCUUCCUUUAGUGCCAUGAAAGUCAACAGAGAGAAAGAGAGAGAACUAAGCAUAUCUUCUAAUAAUAUCUCCUUGGAUGAUGAAACUGUGACGGUGGCUUUGCACUUAGGGCUUCCAAGCAGUACCACUUCACCUGAUUUAACUUCAAACACAUACUCAGAUAAAGAAAAAGCCACGGUUGCUCGUGAGUAUUCUCCUCCUAGAAUUAACAAGGGUCAGUAUUGGAUCCCUACCCCUGCUCAAAUUCUGAUCGGUCCAACACAGUUCUCAUGCCCCCUUUGUUUCAAGACGUUCAACAGAUACAACAACAUGCAGAUGCAUAUGUGGGGGCAUGGAUCUCAAUACAGAAAGGGACCAGAAUCUCUGAGGGGAACUCAACCAACAGCAAUGCUUAGACUCCCUUGCUACUGUUGUGCACCUGGAUGCAAGAACAACAUUGACCAUCCAAGAGCAAAGCCACUCAAAGACUUCAGGACCCUCCAAACUCAUUACAAGAGAAAGCAUGGAAUCAAGCCCUUCAUGUGUAGAAAAUGUUGCAAAGCAUUUGCUGUGAGGGGUGAUUGGAGGACUCAUGAGAAGAACUGUGGGAAGCUAUGGUAUUGUUCUUGUGGGUCUGAUUUCAAGCACAAAAGAUCUCUUAAAGAUCAUAUCAAGGCCUUUGGGAGUGGCCAUAAAGCUUAUGGACUCGACUCUCUUGAUCAAGACGAUGAACCUGGCUCUGAAAUUGACCACGAAAAUGUCAAUGAAUCUUUAGUUUCAAGUCAUUGUUGA